AUGUCUGACCUUUUCACUACCAUCGAGACUCCGGCCGCCAAGUUCGAGCAGCCCCUCGGACUGUUCAUCAACAAUGAGUUCGUGAAGGGUGCCGAGGGCAAGACCUUCGAGACCGUCAACCCCUCCAACGAGAAGGUCAUUACCUCCGUUCACGAAGCCACCGAGAAGGAUGUCGACACCGCUGUUGCUGCUGCGCGCGCUGCCUUCGACGGGCCAUGGCGCCAGGUCACCCCCUCCGAGCGGGGCAUUCUCAUCAACAAGCUCGCGGAGCUGAUGGAGCGCGACAUCGACAUCCUCGCUGCUGUGGAGUCUCUCGACAACGGCAAGGCUUUCACCAUGGCCAAGGUCGACCUUGCCAACGCCAUUGGUUGCCUGCGCUACUACGCUGGUUGGUCCGACAAGAUCCACGGUCAGACCAUCGACACCAACCCUGAGACUCUUUGCUACACCCGCCACGAGCCCGUCGGUGUCUGCGGUCAGAUUAUCCCCUGGAACUUCCCCAUUCUCAUGUGGGCGUGGAAGAUUGGUCCCGCUGUUGCCACCGGUAACACUGUUGUCCUGAAGACUGCUGAGCAGACUCCUCUCUCCGCUCUCUACGCUGCCAAGCUGAUCAAGGAGGCUGGUUUCCCUCCUGGUGUCAUCAACAUCAUCUCCGGUUUCGGUCGUGUCGCCGGUGCUGCCAUCUCUAGCCACAUGGACGUUGACAAGGUUGCCUUCACUGGUUCUACCCUCGUUGGACGCACCAUCCUCCAGGCCGCUGCGAAGAGCAACCUCAAGAAGGUUACCCUUGAGCUUGGUGGCAAGUCCCCCAACAUUGUCUUCGAUGAUGCCGACAUUGACAACGCCAUCUCCUGGUCCAACUUCGGUAUCUUCUUCAACCACGGCCAGUGCUGCUGUGCCGGUUCCCGUAUCCUCGUCCAGGAGGGUAUCUACGACAAGUUCGUCGCCCGCUUCAAGGAGCGUGCCGCUCAGAACAAGGUCGGAAACCCCUUCGAGCAGGACACCUUCCAGGGUCCUCAGGUUUCCAAGCUCCAGUUCGACCGUAUCAUGGAAUACAUCAACCACGGUAAGCAGGCCGGUGCCACCGUCGCCGUCGGUGGUGACCGCCACGGUGAGGAGGGUUACUUCAUCCAGCCUACUGUCUUCACCGACGUCACUUCCGACAUGAAGAUUGCCAAGGAGGAGAUCUUCGGCCCUGUCGUCACCGUCCAGAAGUUCAAGGACGAGGCUGAGGCGAUUAAGAUUGGUAACUCGACUGACUACGGCCUUGCUGCUGCUGUACACACGAAGAAUGUUAACACAGCCAUUCGCGUCUCCAAUGCCUUGAAAGCUGGUACCGUCUGGAUUAACAGCUACAACCUGAUCUCCUACCAGGCUCCCUUCGGUGGCUUCAAGCAGUCCGGUCUCGGACGUGAGCUUGGCUCCUACGCCCUCGAGAACUACACACAGGUCAAGGCGGUGCACUACCGUCUGGGUGACGCUCUCUUCGGUUAA